AUGGAGGGAGCCAGCGCAGCGUCCAAGCCAGUUUCCAAGGAAAAGCGCGAUUCGACAACUACGACCCCUAAAAGUUCCUCCAGACCCUCGUCAAGUGGCUCAAAUCACAAGCGCCAACGCACCGACCCAAAAAAGGCAAUGGAGUCUUCAGCUGAUUUUAUAUCACUGGAUUUUUCAGAUGGUGCUGACGAUGAACCGGUCGAGGUGGAAUACCUUGGCUCCAAGCGCUCCAAGCGUACACCUUCGAAUACCGGAAACAAUACCCCAGUAACUACGAAUGGUCACAGUUCACAAGAUGAAGACGACCAGGAAGGUGGCGUAGAGGAAAAGACAGCGAAAAAGAAUAAGAGAAAGAGAAAGCCGCUCAGAAGGUUAUCUAAGGAAGGAGAAAAUGAUACGGAACAGGGAGCUGAUAAGGCUAAACAGCCGACGUCUCCAAGCUUAAAUUCCAGAGGCGAUUCAUCAGAUGAGGACGGCGGUGUCAGCAUUGGAAUCCCUCAAAUGGUGCUCACGCCCUGA